AUGCUCGCCGUCAGGAAGAGGAGCCUGAAAGUGUUCACGCUGGCCUUGCUCUUUGUGGUUACCAUCACCUCGUUCUUGCUGAACUACACCCACAACGCCGUCAUGACCGGUUGGGAGCCCAGGCAGAUUCUCGAGCAUUUUCGGAGACUGAUGAAAUAUCCCCAGAGGCCCUGCGGCUGCAACACCUGCAUCUCCGAGCAGGGGCUCUCGCCCUGGUUCGACGAGAGGUUUAACCAAACUAUGCAACCAUUCUUGACCGCACGGAACGCCUUCAUGCCUCCAGAGAGCUAUAAGUGGUGGCUGAAACUACAAGGUGAGAGAAACCCUAAGUAUAUGAACGAGACCAUCCAGGAACUGUUUGAGAUCAUUCCCGCAGACAGGGAGCCGAUUCUGGAGAGAAGUGGGUCGCAGUGCCGGAGGUGUGCUGUGGUGGGCAAUUCGGGUAACCUGAAGCAGUCUCAGUAUGGCAAAGCGAUCGAUGCCCAUGACUUUGUGUUCAGGAUGAACAAAGCCCCAACCGCCGGCUUUGAAGCAGAUGUCGGCAGCAAAACCACCCACCACUUCAUCUACCCGGAGAGCUACAGAGAGUUGGCCAGGGACGUCAACAUGGUCCUCAUCCCGUUCAAAACCUUGGAUCUACGCUGGGUCGUCAGCGCUCUAACCACCGGCACCAUCAACCACACGUACAUUCCAGUUCCACGUAAAAUUAAAGUCAACAAAGACAAGAUCCUGGUUUAUCAUCCCGUCUUUAUAAAAUAUGUCUAUGACAACUGGCUGCAGCAUCAUGGAAGAUACCCUUCGACCGGCUUCCUGUCAGUUAUAUUUGCCCUCCACAUCUGCGACGAGGUGGAUCUGUAUGGCUUUGGAGCAGAUACCAAAGGGAACUGGCACCAUUACUGGGAGAACAAUCUUUCCGGUGGGGCGUUCCGAGUGACGGGAGUCCACGAUGGAGAUUUUGAAUCUAACGUCACGUUGGCUCUUUCCUCGGCUGACAAAAUACGUAUCUUCAAGGGCAGAUGA